AUGAUUGACAGAACUACACGCUGGCCUGAAGCAGUACCUUUGUCCUCCAUCUCUACUGAGUCCUGUGUGAGAGCGUUUAUCUCAACCUGGGUUUCCAGAUUUGGAGUACCUUCUACGUUAACUUCCGACAGAGGUGCUCAAUUCACGUCCUCCGUCUGGGCCGGAGUUUGCCGAAUCCUGGGUAUUUCUCCUUCUCAGACAACGAGUUUCCAUCCUCAGUCAAAUGGUAUGAUCGAACGUUUCCAUAGAUCUCUCAAGUCUGCUCUCCGAGCCAGAUCUUCUGAGCCGCCAAUGGAUAUUGAGUAUCGAAUAGAUUCCCGGUUUGUGGCGUAUACAUUUGACCGGUAUGGGGGUAUAAAGGAUGAGUAUGCCCAUGUUAACGAUCUUUGUGUCAAGAUGGCUGGAGUAGGUCUGAUUCUGUUGGCUUGUGUGGGUCUGGGAGCCGUAAAUGGAGCGCCCCAAGAACGGAGUGUAAACGGAAUAGUUCAAGGAACUAACAGUGCUGUCGGAGGUAUUUUUAAUGGAGCCAAUAAUCUUGUUGGAGGAAUUGCAUCAGGUGUAGGAGGAGCUAUUGGGGGUGUAGCAUCAGGAACAGGAACAGCUGUAGGAGGAAUAUUUUCCGGAGUAGGAGGUGCUGUAGGCGGUGUUGCUUCAGGAACAGGGUCCGCUGUCGGAGGAGUAGCAUCAGGUUUGGGCGGAGCUGUCGGAGGAACUGCAAAUGGGUUCGGAAAUGCUGUCGGAGGAACUGCAAACGGUUUCGGUAAUGCAAUCGGAGGAACAGCAAAUGGCUUCGGAAAUGCUGUCGGAGGCACUGUAAAUGGCUUUGGCAAUGCUGUUGGAGGAACAGCAAAUGGUUUUGGAAGUGCAAUUGGAGGUACCGCUAGUGGCUUUGGCAGUGCUGUUGGAGGAACUGCAAGUGGGUUUGGAAGUGCUUUUGGAGGAACUACGAGUGGUUUAGGUAACGCAAUUGGAGGCACAGCAAACGGUUUUGGAAAUGCUAUUGGAGGAACUAACAACGGGUUUGGAAAUGCCAUUGGAGGUACAGCAAAUGGAUUUGGUAACGCAAUUGGAGGCACCGCAAAUGGUUUUGGAAAUGCAUUCGGAGGAACUGCUAAUGGAUUUGGAAGUGCCAUUGGUGGAAUUAAUAACGGAUUUGGAACUGCUGUUGGAAGCACAGCGAGUGGAUUUGGAAACUCUGUUGGAGGAUUUUCUGGACAAACAACCUGGAGUAGACCAACAUAUUUUUCAAAUUCUAGCCCAAUAUACACUGUAUCCAAUUCUUCUUACUUUGUAUCCAGGCCUUCUUAUUCUGUAUCCAGGCCUUCUUAUUCGGUAUCCAGGCCUACUUAUACUGUAUCCAGUCCGAUCUAUACAGUCUCCAACCCUAGUUUCUCCAACCCAAGUUUCUCCAACCCAAGUUUCUCCAACCCAAGUUUCUCCAACCCAAGUUACUACAACCCAAGUUUCUCCAGUAUUUCCAACUCUGGUUUCUCCCGUUCCUCCAACUAUGGUAAUACCUUCUCCAAACCUGUUGGGACCGUCUCAACUGACUCCGGGUACUCUCAACAAAGUGUAGGCGGAUAUGACGGAUAACGCAGAUAAGGAGACAAAUAGGAACUAUCUGGUUCAGGAAAUGGGUAAUUUAAAAAUUGUAAACCUUCCGAUUCAGGGAACGGAAUUUAAGCUUUUUGUUAAUAAAUACAUCUAUUUUUUUGUUUUA